GUUUGGUAGUAUAAUUUGAUGAAAUUAAUUAAUGGAAUGUGGUAUGCGUGAAAGAGCGCAGGCGAGCGAGAGAGAGUGUAUAGUUAAAGUCUGUCUGUCUGUCUGUCAUGAAAAAACAAAACGCCUUAACGGCAAAGAAAAGCCGAAUGAUGCGUUAAGCGUUUUAUUCUUUUAAACAAUCAAAUUCGUAAAUAAAUCGUAACUGAACAGAUCUUGCAUAAACCCUAUAUACUCACACUCAUCAUUUUAACCAUAUAUAUUAGAUAUUAGAUUUUCUUCAAGAUUCUUUUUCUCUUCUUUUUCCACCUAAUCUUUUCCUUUUCCGUUUCUUUCCCGGGAAAAUCUCUAUCCAGAUCUUUCUAUCUCUUUCUAACCGUUUCUUGCUCUAACUAAUUUCGGUCAUUCGAUUCUCUAUCCCGACAUAUUCGCUUUCUUCCGCUUCGAUUGGAUGACACUGCGAUUUUCCGUCAUACUGGUGGAUUCUCAGUUCAGUUCUCGGCGGCGGUGAUGAUGUUGGUGAUGAUGAUGACGGUGCAGUUUUCGUUGCUAUUGUUUUAGUAAUAAUAAUAAUAAUAUAGAGAAGAAUUGGUGAACAAAAAAUGGAUGAUAGAGGUGGUUCAUUCGUCGCUGUUAGGAGAAUUUCACAAGGUCUUGAUCGAGGCAACACGUGCCAUUCAACUUCUGCUGAGUUUGUGACAGGAUCAACGGCAUGGCUUGGUCGAGGUUUGUCUUGUGUAUGUGCACAAAGAAGAGAGAGUGAUGCUCGACCCUCUUUUGAUUUAACUCCAACACAGGAAGAAUGCUUGCAGAGGCUUCAGAGUCGUAUAGAUGUUCCAUAUGAUAGUUCUAUCCUCGAGCACCAGGAAUCCCUAAGGGCUUUAUGGAAUGCUGCAUUUCCUGAAGAAGAACUCCGUGGCUUGAUUUCAGAGCAGUGGAAAGACAUGGGAUGGCAAGGGAAGGAUCCAUCAACAGAUUUUAGGGGUGGUGGUUACAUAUCAUUGGAGAAUUUGCUGUUUUUUGCCAAGAAUUUCCCAAAAUCUUUUCAAGAUCUUUUACGGAAGCAGGAAGGAGAUCGUUCAGUGUGGGAGUACCCAUUUGCUGUUGCUGGUGUUAACAUAACGUUCAUGCUUAUUCAAAUGCUAGAUCUUGAAGCAGUUAAGCCAAGGACACUGGUGGGAGCAACUUUCCUAAAAUUUCUUGCAGAAAAUGAGUCAGCUUUUGAUCUUCUCUAUUGCAUAACAUUCAAGCUGAUGGAUAAUCAAUGGCUUUCCAUGCGCGCGUCAUACAUGGAUUUUAAUACAGUGAUGAAAUCUACACGGCGUCAGCUGGAGAAAGAACUUCUGCUUGAUGACCUUACACAGCUAGAAGAUUUACCCUCAUACAAACUUCUCACACAAUAAAUAUCAACGCAUAAUCUGUCAGUCUACUAGUUUUAGCUUGAAGGUUGCUGUACUUGAUGUGAUUCCACUUGUAUUUCCAUUCUUCCCAUUACAACAUUUAACCUUCUAACAUUUGAGUAAGACCAAGGAGACCCGAGUAUGAUAUCAUCAAGGUUCUGGAGGUAAAGUUAAGGUUUAAUCCAGUUGGAAGAUGUAUUUGUCGGCGGACAUACUGCCAGGGGAUUCUGAAAUGUGUAGGUUUGCUUUUCUUGUUAUCGAAAAGAUUAGAUUGUAAUGAUUGUGGUUUGUGUAUGUAUUUUGUUGAUGUCGGUUAAUGGACAAAUACAGAUUGCAGUGUUAUAAUUCAAGCAGGUUUACUAAAGUUGGUAGCAACUGCUGACCUUGUUUGUGAAGGUAUUCGUAUACAGUAUACUGCAUCGUUGUUUUGAGUAAAAGACAGAACGUUUGAGUUGAUGAAUACUAGUAUUUUGACUA